CGUUCCCAAUAUUCUGCAACAAAUUUCUGGCGUGUAAAAGAGUUUAAGUCCUGAACAAAAUAACUUAUGGUUUUAUGCCAUCGCUAUGGAUACGAGUGCCAAUGUAAUUAAAAUAGACGAUGAUUCUGAGGAACCGAAUGAAGGUAGCUAUGGUGACUGCAUAGUUGAUUUGACUGCAGAUUCCGGUAUGAAUGAAACUGGUGAGACGAAAUUGCCGGCCGUUGGUGCUGGAACAGCCGCACAAGUCGAUGAUGAUGUCGAAGAAGGUGAAGUGGAGGAGGCACAAGAAGCCUUAGAACUAUGUGAACCCUCACCUAGUAAACAACCAUUGGCAUUUGAAAUAAAAUUUUCAAACGAAUGUGUGUUUAAGGAAUAUGGUCACCGAAUUUUGGAUACACUUGAUAAAGCGCUGAAUGUGUCCACGGCCGGGGUUGUACAAAAUGCAGUAUUUGAAUUCGGCAUUGAGAAUGCCUGCGAAAGUGACAAAAGCACUUUUAUAAAAGCAUAUAUGGUAGAACAAAAAAAUAUGGAUUCAAUGGAUGUUAUGGUGUUGAGUGAUGGUGAGGAACCUGAAGUGGAUAAAGUGGAUCAUCCAGAGCGUGCCAAAUCAGCUCAACGCGAAGAUUCGCCAAUUUUAGAUUUGGGUUCACUUUUCACAAUUGAUACCUCAGGUUCGAGUAAAUUAGACACGCAAUGUGUUCCUUCGUAUAAGCGUAGUAUAAAAGAUGUUUUAAAUGAGGAAUCGUGGGAAUCUAAGCGACGAAAACUAGAGAAAGAAGAAAAUGAAUGCCAUAGAGUGCGGAGUACGCAAGCUUGUUUCAAUUGUGGUGUCGGCGGGCACUCGCUACGGGAUUGCCCUAAACCGCGAAAUAAUGCACGAAUAAAUCGUGCGAAAGUGGCGCGGAAACAAGAACGAUACCACAUAGAUAUUGAACAAAGAUUUGGGCAUUUACGCCCUGGCGUAAUAAGCGAAAAGUUGCAGGCAGCACUUGGUUUAAAGCGCGGAGAGUUACCAUUUUUUUUCUAUCGCAUGAGGAAACUUGGUUACCCACCUGGUUGGUUAGAAGAAGCUAAAGUGGUGCACUCGGGCAUAUCACUAAUUAACUCUGAUGAAACGUCCAUAUUGGGUUCAGAGAAUGAAAACUCGCAGGAAAGCGAUGAACAAAAAUAUGACAUUUCCAAACUAAUCGACUUUCCAGGAUUUAACGUAGAUCCGGGUCCGAAUUUUUAUGAUGAUUAUAAGCACCAUAACGUACCGCCAUUUAGUCGUCAUCAGCUAAAAGAAGAAUUCGUUAAAGAUUUGGGAAGUAACAUUAUAAAGGGGUAUAAACAAAAAAAGCUUAAAAGCUUGCCUGUACACGCCAAUGCGGUUGAAAAUAAAACUAGCAUAUUGGACACGGCUGAUAUGGAAAUCGAAGAUGAUGUCGCGAUAGAAAGAAAUGUUGUGUUUACUCGUCCACCACCACCACCGGAGCCAGCGAGUGAUGUUAGACCUCCGCCGCCACCACCAACUUCACCACCGCCAGCUGAAACAACUAACACACCUGCCAUUAACGAACGUAGCAACUCACCAACAUUGGAUGAUUUGGAAACGCGCAAGCAAAAGCUACUAGCCGAAUUAAAGGCGGGACUAUGUGAUGCAGAGUCAUCUCAGAGUACAAGUAACGACGAAGCUCUCAUGCUUGAAACCAACAGUAAUGAGGUAUAUGCUGAUCAAACGACACAACUGCCAACACCCAAAAAGUCAAUAGAUCAAAGUGAGCCGGCGACACCUAUCGCAAAUGGGUCGAUACGUACACCAGACAUUAUUAAGGAGUCGCACAUGGGUACUCCUGUGCUACAAUUUUCCCCAUACGAAAAAUUACCAUCUGGAGAAAAUUUUAAAGUAGGUGUUAGCGAUGUUAUCAAUUUUGAAAAUCUACCUGAUUCUACUGGCAAAUAUGAGCAAAUGAAAACGGUCAUUAAAAAAGUUCGUAACAUCAUUACUAAACUGCACAAUGAUGAUGAUGAUUAAUGAAUAAUGAGUUUGCAUAUGCUCCACUAUAUAUACCUUUUAAUUGAUUUUUAAUGAUGUGGAAAUUUGUGCGUGAAUAUGUGAGUGUGUUUGUGGGUUAACUUAACCAUUGAGUAAAUAAUAUAAUUCUCACACGUAAUAAUAUAUAUUAUAUUAUUUAUCCAAAGCUUAAACCCUGAUCGAUUUUCCAGUUCAAUUCAAUGUAAUUCUGCAGUACCUAUUAAAAACUCUAAUUAAAUACUAUAAAUGUAGGUAUGUAUAUGUGGCCCUAUGCUUUCCCGCGGAACAUUAGAAAUUAAUAUAUAUGUAUAUGUAUAUAAUGAAACUUAACAAUUAAUUCUCUUAUUCAAGACAGAAUUCGAAAAGAAAUUUUAUAAAUUAUGGUGAUUUUACAUACAAAUAUAAUUAAACAGAAACGUA